UCGGCCAACGUUAGACGCUUCACGCCACAUCCGUCGUCGCCGACGGACCGCGAGACUCCCGAACACACGCGCUCGCUUUACCGCGUUACAGGUUGUUGUCGGUCCGCCAGACGACACGUCUGACAUCACUAUCAUUUAUUUACUACUCAUGUCAAAACUACUGCGGCAGUUAUAGCAAUAAUAUUAUUAAAAACGUAGUCGGCUGUCGAACACGACGGCGUCACGUGUUCACGUCGUCGUCAAUACCAUCUAGUGAAAAACGGGACGAGUAGGAGAGAAAGGUAAUAUCACCAAUACGUGUUUUUAAUUCAUCCCGACGACCAAACCGUCAGCGGCACAGUCACUGGUUUCUGGACACCGCAGCCGUCCGUAAGAUGGACCAGCAGCAGCAUUCGAACAAACCGGACGAUACUGUCCAAACCGGCGAUGGUGGACCGUCACAGCCAUCGACGUCCGCGGACAACGGACAAGAUGCUCCGCAACGGCCAUCGACGUCUGCAGACAACGGCCAAGACGUAUCUCAACAGCCAUCAACGUCCGCAGACAACGGCCAAGACGUAUCACAACGGCCAUCGACGUCCGCGGACAACGGCCAAGACUUACCACAACAGCCACCGCUGAACGCUGAUGACGGCCAAGCUGAAAAUGUCCCCCGCAUAGUUCAGAUGGUGGACCGAGGGGUACAAGUGAACGUCCUAAUAUUGUCAAAUGCUUUCCAAAAAAAGUGCAUUCUCACCGUGGAUGGUUAUUCAUACGUGAUAAGCAUUUCGGACCUAAGCUUGCUAAGUUUAAUUACAACAGGGCGUUCGCAUCCAAAUGAAAAUCCGGUCGACGGUGUAAUUGAAUGCGGGGAAAUGGAAGAGUUGAUUGAGAGCAAGGGUGCACAAGAUCCAGAUAAUAAUGACGAUGAUCGGCGAGCUCAAGCCUUGACUUCAGCACAUCCAGGAGCUUUGACCAUUGUUCGCCGCAGCAGUCAUAAGAAAAACAACUAUCUUGAGGACUACGAUUUUGCUUUGUCCAAUGAAGCUGAAAAUAUGUUAGACGACGUGGAUUUGAGCACUGACAGUUUGCCGUCGGUUGACACUACAGAUGCUAUCGACAAAGCGGCUUUAAGAUUGCGUUGCCUAAUGGGCCGUUUGAGAAAAGGACAAGUGCCGGCUGAAGUGUUGCACAAAAAUUUGUUUUUCGCAGCCAAAGUUUUGGAAGCCACGUUCGGCGAUGAUGACACAAAGGACGACGCGGACGACUACCAAGACAUUCAAAAUGAUCCACAACCGUCUACGUCCACCGGAGUGACGGGCAUUUCAUCGCGACGUAUUCGUCCAGCCAUCUGGACAAGAAGAUUGGCAGCCGAGGAGGACGACGAAUUGUCAGAGGUGCAACCUGACAAGGUACCGCAGGAAGUGCGCGACUGGUUGGCAUCGACUUUCACCAGACAAAUGGCUACCCCCAGGCGUAGGGGUGAGGACAAGCCCAAGUUCAAGUCAGUGGCCCAUGCUAUCAGAGCCGGCAUAUUUGUAGACCGCAUUUAUAGAAGAAUGACAACUACGCCAUUGAUGCAGUUUCCGGAUAAUGUGACGGAAUCGCUCAAAGUAAGAUUGCAAAUGAACGUAAACGAUUGGUCAUUUGAUGUAUACGAGCUAAGCAGUUAUGCAAACGGACAGCCUCUCAAGUACUUAGGUUACGACUUGCUUAACCGUUACGGGAUAUUCCAGAAAUUUAAAGUGCCGACUGUCGUGAUGGAAAACUUCUUAGCGAAAAUCGAAGAAGGAUAUUCGAGACACAAGAACCCGUACCAUAACAAUUUGCACGGUGCCGAUGUAGCUCAAACCGUUCACUACAUGCUGUUCCAGACAGGACUAAUGAAUUGGUUGACAGAUUUGGAAAUAUUCGCCAUGUUAAUAGCGGCAAUCACUCACGACUAUGAGCACACAGGAACCACCAAUAAUUUCCACGUGAUGUCGGGAUCGGAUAUUGCUUUGCUGUACAACGACCGCGCUGUGUUGGAAAACCAUCACAUCAGUUGUACCUUCAAAUUGCUGAGAGACGACGAUUGUAACAUAUUGGUGAAUUUGACAAAAGAAGAGUACCGCGAAUUCCGUUCGCUCAUGAUCGAUAUGGUGUUGGCGACUGACAUGAGUUUCCAUUUUCAGCAGCUGAAGACUAUGAAGACAUUGAUAUCUUCGCCAGAACCCACGAUUGAUAAAUCUAAAGCUAUGUCCAUGGUACUGCACUGCGCCGACAUAGCGCACCCGGCCAAGGAAUGGAAAUUGCAUUACAAAUGGACAUGCCAGUUGCUAGAGGAAUUCUUCUUGCAGGGAGAUUUAGAGAAUAAGCUUGGAUUGCCCUACAGUCCGCUGUGUGACAGAAACAACACGCUUAUUGCUGAAUCACAAAUUGGUUUUAUUGAAUUUAUUGUCGAGCCCAGCAUGUCAUUGUGCAGCGAUAUGCUCGAAGUGAUAUUGGGACCAAUCAACGUGGUUUCAAACCCUGUGACCGAUGAAACGUCCGUCGUUGAUAAAAAAGCAGAUGACAAUGAGAGAUCAGAAUCAGAUGUCUCGAUUGCUUGUAACGCUAUGAGCAACAACUUGGAAGAAGUUGGAACAUCAGGAUCAAAAGACGCCAAUGAAGAUGAUACUAAGAGCGGUGACAAAAAAGCAAACGGUAAUGCAGAAGUCAAACUGUUUAAAAUUGAAAAGCCAUGGAGAGAUUGCUUGGAAUUUAACAAAAAAAAAUGGAUGGCUCAAGCGAUCAAAGAACAAAAACUACGAUUGUCAAAGACCACGUACACUAUGAGCGACAUCCAAGUGUUAUCAACAGAGUCUACACCAGUAAUUUCGACUGUCUCUUCGACAGUCACAUCACCAGUCUCUACGCCAGACAACCCUAAACCUUUUCCGGAUAAAAAUGACGAAUAGAUUUUUCCUUUUGUUUUCGCCCACCAUUUCGGUCUGCUAUUCGGCCGUAACACUAUUUAUUAAUCAUUCCCAUUUAAAUGUUGUACAUGUGUACGAAUUUAUUGUUUAUUAUUACCAUUACUGUUAUUAUUAUGACUACUACUAUUUUAUAUUAUUACUAAACCAGUAAGCACAAUAUAAAUUAUUAUUAUCAUUGCGUUAUAACAGUUACUACUCUGUAACCGGACUCAAAAGUCUUAAAAACCCAAUGUAAUGCAAUAGUACUAUCAUAAUAUGGGGCAACGGAUAGCCGCUGCAAAUUAGCAGCUACUAAGUCUUUAUACUGGUUCCUCAUUCAUUGGUAUCUCAAACCGGUAAUCGCCUGUGGUCAUUUUUUUAAAAUUCAUAUCAAUAAUUUUUAUUCUCUUCUUACUCAUUCAAAUUUAAAUCUUACACUGCCAUCAGUUGUAUGAUUAUCGCCCCUUUACACGGGUACGCCCUUUAAAACUGACUAGGGCCGCGUUUGGGCGUAGCCAAUCUUAUGGCUAUCCUCCGACCGUUAGUCAAAUGAUAUAUUCUAAAUUAACGUGACUGACAAAUUAUAAUUAUUAUUCAAAAACUGUUUAAAAUAGUAUAUAAAUUAUUCCAUUCAAUCUAGGAAAAUUAGUUUCUAGAGUAAAUUAAUUGUUGUAAGGAUUAACAACACCUUAUUUGUAUUGUUAUUCAAGACAUAAAACAUCACGAUCAAUAUAUCAUUUAAUAAUUUUGAAAUAUUGAGUAUUAUUAAUUAUUUAUGUAAAUAAACUUCUGAUCAUUCCGAAAGUGCAUUCCAAAAUCUAAAAAAAUUUCAUAGAAUUUUAAGAAAUGGGCGAUGACGGUUAUUAUAUUAGUCUUAGUAUAUUAGAACGACCAAAAAUUAGUUUGGUACUCUAAAAGUUUAUAGGAAUAUAAAUAUUUUACCGGCUAUUCUCUAAAGCCUACCACAUAGUUUUACUUUCGAUAAGUUUGAUUGUUUGAUUGUUUUGAACGUUUCGUUAUAGAUGUCAAAAGUAAUCGGGCGUUGUUGUGUUAGUAUUAAUUAGGGUUAAUAAUUUUAACCUUCUUACGUGUUCGCUUAGACUAAUGAUAAGUACUCGCAUAUGAGUAAUCCAUACCGGGCGCAUAUAAAUAAAAAAAAAAAUAGUGUAGGAACUAUAGCUAAUAUUCGAUUAUUAUUAAAGGACUUGACUCUACUGAUUCAUUUUUGCCCCAUACGUCGUAAUAGGAUCUUAGCGUUACCACUAAUGGACAAGCAGAGAUCAAAAAUAUAUUAGCAUAGAAUAAUAUUAAUAACAAAACAAAAAUUAGUGCCAAUCUCAUAAUUUUAAAAGCACGUUAAGCGCAUUUCCUAUAUCUAUAUACUAUAUAAUAUAAACAAAUAAAAUUAAGUAAAUAUAGGUAGGUAUUAGGUGUAUUGUUUUUCUUUUUAACUGUUCUGGCCGAUCUCUUCUUCUGACCUCUAUAGAUUAUAGGUACGCAAUUAGUGUAUAGUCAAACAUACAUGUUACAUCUUGUCGAAUCUGACAUUUUCUUUAUGACAUUUGACACCGCCUGUGUUAUUGACUAUAUAAUAUUUGUAUUAUUUUCAUGCAAUUAUUAUAAUGUUUUUCAUUUUUAUGCGAAUUCAUUUUCUCUACAUUCAGUCAUGAUAGUAUAAUUGCUACAGGCUUGUGACCGCUUACUGUGGUUCGUUUAUAUGGUGAAAGUUCUUUUACAAAGUUUUAAUAUCAUCAUGGGUUAUUAAUCUUUUGUAGGACCACAAUAAUGAUGUAGGACUAAGGCGUGUUUUUAAAAAAAAUGAUAUUCCACAAAUGUAAUACUCCCAAAAAAUGUACAUAAUAUACAAACAUAUUAAGUCAUUAUGGAGAAAUUUAAUUGAAUGCCACAAACUAGCCGUUCUGCCACAUUCUUUGUCCGCAUUAUCUCAGCUUUAGUUAAGUAGUGACUAAUUCGCUUAAAACGGUUAUGGCUUUAUAACUGUUAUGAUCACAGGCACUAAAUAAUGUAAUGUAAAUACAUUACAUUAUCAUUUUAUCAGUGACAAAUAACCGGUUUUAAAAAGUCAACAUACGGUUGUCAAAUACCCGAAUAACAUCCCGGGAUAAACAGAAAAAAAUGAAUAAACUAUAUACUAAGAUCUGUCAUAAACAGCUUUUUAAUUAAGGAAAAAGGUAGAACACAUUUUUUUUUUCGUCCAACUGAGAACCAUUUCCUAUUCUUCAAUAAUUAUUUAUGUACACAUUUAUUUUUACUUUGUGUAAUUAGUGACAUUUUAUAAAGAACCUUGAGUAACAAAUCCAUUUUUUGUCUUUUAGGUAAUUGUAUAUUGUGCGACUGUAAUUUUAUUUCAAUCUAGCUCUUGCCUUUUCGUCUGUACUAGAAAAUGUUUUUUUUUACAACACAAUAAUAAAUAUUAGUGACUAGCUUCAAAAAGUUGAUUAUUUUAUAUCAUACUUUAUGACAGCAAGUAUUAUCGAUUACACCAAUAUAAUAAUAUAAAACUU